UCGCAAACUACCGGGGCCUGUUCGUGGCUGCUAUCCGUCGCAGCCAUGCAUUGUCUGAGGGCGCUGCGUCUGUCCAGCUCCGCUCAACUGAUCGUCAAACACUCAGACGCAGCCAAGAAGCUUUUCAUCAUCCAGCCAGCAUGUUGUCUGAGCACAAAAUCAACACCCGAGUCGGAUCGUUUCCAUCUCAAAAAGAACAUGCAUUCAAAGCCCCCCAGCUCUGGAGUGGAGAACAUGCUUUUCUACACCAUCACAGAGGGAAAAGAGCAAGUGCCCGUCUCACACUUCACCGCAGCCCUAAAAAAAACCGGCCUUCACCCGUCAGACCCUCGGCUCAGAGACUGUAUGGAGAAUCUCCGACAGGCCAUGAAGGAAUCUGUUGGUGAGGUGAUGAUGGACAGAGACCUUUUCCACAGAUGCGUUGGUGGAAACAUUGUCCUGCUGAUCCAGGCCUUCAGAAAGAAAUUUAUCAUCCCUGAGUUUGACGUGUUUGCACAAAAAAUAAAUGAAAUCUACAAAACAGUGCAAAACCAAAGAGAUGGGAAGGUUGCAGACUACAUCCCCCAGCUGGCCAAGUUUAGCCCAGAGCUGUGGGGUGUGUCUCUGUGUACAGUUGAUGGCCAGAGGCACUCAGUUGGUGACACCAAGCAACCAUUCUGCCUGCAGUCAUGUGUGAAGCCCCUGCAGUACGCCGUUGCUGUACAUGAGGCAGGAACAGAGAAGGUUCACCGUUAUGUUGGCAUGGAGCCCAGUGGUCUCAAAUUCAACGUGCUCUCACUUGAUGAUGAAGAUAAGCCUCACAAUCCCAUGGUGAACGCUGGAGCCAUAGUGAUCAGCUCCCUUAUCAAGCCCCGCUCAAAUAAGGCAGAGAAGUUUGACUAUGUUAUGGAGUUUGUUAAAAAGAUGGCUGGCCAAGAAUAUGUCGGAUUCAGCAAUGCCAUGUUCCAGUCAGAAAAAGAAACAGGCGACAGAAAUUUUGCCAUUGGAUACUACAUGAAAGAGAAGAAGUGUUUUCCUCCGGGAGCAGAAAUGAUCGAUGCCCUCGACUUCUACUUCCAGCUUUGCUCCAUCGAGGUGACCUGUGAAUCGGGAAGCAUCAUGGCUGCCACUCUUGCCAACGGAGGAAUCUGUCCAAUCACAGGCGAGCGUGUGCUGAGCGCCGAGGCGGUGCGAGACACCCUGAGCCUCAUGCACUCGUGUGGCAUGUAUGACUUCUCUGGCCAGAUGGCUUUUCAUGUGGGCUUGCCUGCAAAAUCGGGGGUGUCUGGUGCCAUACUGCUGGUGAUUCCCAACGUCAUGGGAGUGAUGUGUUGGUCUCCUCCCCUGGACAGAGUUGGAAACAGCGUCCGGGGAAUACACUUCUGUCAGGAGCUUGUAUCACUCUUCAAUUUCCACAAUUACGACAAUUUGAGGCAUUUCGUGAAGAAGCAGGACCCUCGCAGACAGGACGGAGAGGACAGGAACAAGUCUGUUUUCAACUUGAUGUUUGCCGCCUACAGUGGAGACGUGUCAGCCCUGAGGAGAUUUGCACUUUCAUCCAUGGACAUGGAUCUGAAAGACUAUGAUUCUCGAACAGCGCUACAUAUCGCUGCAGCAGAGGGUCACGUAGAAGUAGUGAAGUUCCUCACUGAAACCUGCAAAGUUGAUCCAUUUGUAGAAGACAGGUGGGGGAACCUACCAGUCGAUGAUGCCAUGCAGUUUGGACAUGACGAGGUGGUAAAGGUGCUCAAAGAUUACCAGCAGGACUGCAGGCAGCAGGAGAAGCAGCACAGUGAAGCUGAGCAUCCCCAAAAGCUGGACACCAUUGAAGGCAUGGUGUGAUGUAUUUAAAUAGAGUCCUCGGACUGUAACAUGUUAGGGCAAUUGUGCAAUCUCUCAAGUUGAAAUAUUUGUUGUGGAGGGAAUGAGUGUCAAGCAAAGAAAGGGAUACAUAACAUCAGUGAAAAGAGAAGUGGUGUGAACAUGCAGUUUGUAUGGAACAAAGUGUCUCUACACUGUUAUGAUAAACUCAAAAGAUGUUUUUUUAUGCAUAAAGGGCUUGUCAUGAGCUACAACAGCACAUUUAACUGUCAUCUAUUUUAUUUUAGCCUAUUGUGCCUUGAUGAGUUAUAAGCUUUAAAUAAUUAAAACUAUGUAAUAUGUGUGGAAGCAAAAUCCCAAAUUUGGUUUAUUGUAAACGGGAGACAAGGACACUAGAUGUACAUGAUCCCAGUAUACUUAAAGUGGCAAUUAUUGUACAUAUGUGUGUGUUUUUCACCUGUAAAUACAUGCAUAGAUUCCUAAUACAGGAAUGUAUUAUUGUAGAAUGUGUUAUAGUAUUUAUAUACGGUUUAACUGCAUAAACAAGAAAUUCUAAAGAGUAAUUUAAUAUUUCGACAUUCAGUCCAUCCAUUAAACAUGCUUUAUCUGCCA